AUGGCUGAGUUCGUACGCGCCCAGAUCUUUGGCACCACAUUCGAGAUCACCUCUAGAUACUCCGAUCUCCAGCCUGUUGGCAUGGGAGCUUUUGGCCUCGUUUGCUCUGCCCGGGAUCAACUUACCAACCAAAAUGUCGCAGUCAAGAAGAUCAUGAAGCCUUUCAGCACACCUGUGCUCGCAAAGCGCACAUACCGUGAGCUCAAGCUGCUCAAGCACCUCAAGCACGAAAACGUCAUUUCUCUCAGCGACAUCUUUAUUUCUCCUCUGGAAGAUAUCUAUUUUGUCACAGAGCUCCUCGGUACCGAUCUUCACCGGUUAUUGACAUCGCGCCCGCUCGAGAAACAGUUCAUCCAGUACUUCCUCUACCAGAUUAUGCGAGGUCUGAAGUACGUGCAUUCGGCCGGCGUUGUCCACCGCGAUCUCAAACCCAGCAAUAUCCUCGUCAACGAAAACUGUGAUCUCAAGAUUUGCGACUUUGGUCUUGCACGAAUCCAGGACCCUCAGAUGACUGGUUAUGUCUCCACACGAUACUACCGAGCCCCCGAAAUCAUGCUCACCUGGCAAAAAUACGACGUCGAGGUUGAUAUUUGGAGUGCCGGUUGCAUCUUUGCUGAGAUGCUUGAAGGCAAACCUUUGUUCCCUGGAAAAGAUCACGUCAACCAAUUCUCUAUCAUCACUGAGCUACUCGGCACCCCUCCUGAUGAUGUUAUCAAUACCAUCGCCAGCGAGAACACACUGCGGUUUGUGAAGUCACUGCCCAAACGUGAGCGACAGCCUCUUCGUAACAAGUUCAAGAAUGCCGACGAUUCGGCUAUUGAUCUGCUCGAGCGCAUGCUUGUCUUCGACCCUAAGAAGCGAAUAACUGCCACAGAGGCCCUCUCCCACGACUAUCUUUCUCCCUACCACGACCCCACAGACGAGCCUGUGGCAGAGGAGAAGUUUGACUGGAGCUUCAACGACGCCGAUCUGCCCGUUGAUACUUGGAAGAUCAUGAUGUACUCAGAAAUUCUUGAUUACCAUAACGUGGAAGCUGGAGUUACUAACAUGGAGGAGCAAUUCAACGGACAAUAA